UAUCUCGUGUCUAAUCGAGAUCGAUAGACAACCGUUUCUCCGGUGUUUUGAUUUUUGCAGAUCACUCUUUUUUUGUGUUUUUCGUCGGCUGUUCUUGACUAUUAGUUUAUUUUCCAUCCCGUUUCAUCUGCUCAGGUGGAAAGUGGGGCCGUCUUUUCUAUCCAUAUACGAGGUCGGUUCUUCUGCUCGUAUUCGUCACCGCGGCGAUUUUUGCCGGAGCUUUCACUAAAACUUUCCAAAAAGAUUUCUAUUUUCUUCUCUUCAUGGCUUCCAAGGGGAACAAAAAGAGGUUCUUCAGGCAGGACAGCGCGUACGAUCUGAGCGCGGUGAUGGAUCGAGGUUUGACCGCCAGCCAGGGCAACAAGUGGGCCUUCGAGUGCGCCUGGGAGGUGGCCAACAAAGUCGGUGGUAUUUAUACAGUCAUUAGAUCCAAAGCUUUUGUCUCAACUGAAGAAUUCGGUGACCAGUACUGUCUGCUUGGACCGUACAAGGAGGCCUGUGCUAAAACUGAAGUAGAAGAAGAAGAAUUUAUAUACGGUACUCCAUUGCAAAUUGCAGUUUCGCGUAUGCGAGACUCAGGCUUUCAACUCCGUACUGGUACAUGGCUUGUUGACGGCAAUCCUCAGGUCAUACUUUUUGACAUAGGCAGUUCAGCUUGGAAGCUUGAUGAGUACAGGCAGGAGCUUUGGGACAGCAGCAACAUCGGGAUUCCGCACGCUGACAUCGAGACGAACGACGCAGUAAUACUCGGAUAUUUAGUUGCGACAUUUAUAAACGAGUUCAAGAGGGCAGCUGAAGAAGUGAGUUGCAGUCAACCAAAAAUUUUGGCUCACUUUCACGAAUGGCAAGCUGGAGUUGGUCUCAUCGCGCUCAGGACCCGGAAAAUUGAAGUGGCCACCAUUUUCACAACACAUGCUACAUUACUUGGAAGGUACCUUUGCGCUGGGAAAAUUGAUUUCUACAACAAUCUUAGUUCUUUUAAUGUCGAUGAGGAAGCUGGGAAAAGGUACAUAUAUCACCGGUAUUGUUUAGAAAGAGCAGGGGCUCAUCUGGCCCACACUUUUACAACCGUGUCCGACAUUACAAGCUUGGAAGCCGAGCACCUGCUUCACAAAACUCCUGACAUAAUCACGCCGAAUGGGCUCAACAUCAAGAAAUUCUCUGCCUUGCACGAAUUCCAGAAUCUACAUGCACUCUCGAAGGAGAAGAUAAAUGAAUUCGUUCGUGGGCACUUUUACGGACAUUAUGACUUUGAUCUGGAUAAAACAUUGUAUUUUUUUACUGCCGGUCGUUAUGAAUUUAAUAACAAGGGGGCAGACAUUUACAUUGAAAGUCUGGCCCGGUUGAACCAUUAUCUAAAGGAAUCUCAUUCAGAGGUAACUGUAGUGGCUUUCCUUAUAUUUCCAACAAAAACAAACAAUUUCAAUGUCGAAAGUCUUAGAGGAAGUGCUGUCACAAAAAGCUUGAGAGAAACUCUCCUUGACAUCCAAUCUAAAAUAGGAAAAAGAAUGUAUGAAAUAUGUUUAAGUGGUCGGAUGCCUGAUGAGAGUGAACUGUUAACAAAAGAUGAUAAGAUGAGAAUGAAAAGGUGCGUAUUUGCGAUUCAGAGACAUGGCUUGCCUCCUAUUACCACCCACAAUAUUGUGGACGACUGGAAUGACCCCAUACUGAAUGCUGUGAGGCGUUGCCAGCUGUUUAACACCGUCAAUGACCGAGUCAAGAUUGUGUUCCAUCCAGAAUUUUUAAGCUCAACCAAUCCACUGUUUGGCCUGGACUAUGAGGAGUUUGUCCGUGGGUGUCAUUUGGGAGUUUUCCCCAGUUACUAUGAGCCAUGGGGCUACACGCCUGCCGAGUGUACUGUUAUGGGUAUUCCUUCGAUUACGACAAACCUCUCUGGGUUUGGGUGUUUCAUGGAGCAGCAUAUCCAGGAUCCGUUGUCCUAUGGGAUCUACAUUGUAGACAGGCGGUGGAUUAGCGUUGAAGAGUCAGUCAAGCAGCUCGCCAAAUACAUGUACCACUUCACCAAGUUGAGCAGAAGGCAGAGGAUCAUUCAACGAAACAGGACAGAAAGGCUAAGCGACCUUUUAGACUGGCGGAGUCUAGGAAUUUAUUAUCGUCAAGCAAGACAUAAAGCGUUGCAGUCAGUUUACAAUGACAUACCAUCUUUUGAGGAGGAGUUCAAAGGAAGGAAUUUAAACUAUCCACGCCCUUAUUCAGAGCCGCCUUCACCAUCGCAGAGCAAACAUACAACUCCUUCUGGCUCCAGACAAGGAAGUGAAGAUGAAGAUGAAGUCGAUGAAGAAAAAGAGCUUGCAGAAUUGCAAUUACACCAUUAAAACCUUUUAAUGAGGAUGUAGAGUGAUUUAUAAUUUGUGUUAACACAAUCCUACAUGACAAAACUAAAAACUUUUCAAAGUAAAAAGAGUUCUUCCAGCUUGUAUAGCUGAUCAGUACAGCCAUGAUUCAUUGUGCCAUUGUAGUUUUUAUGUAGUCAGUUUUGUAUGCUUAUACCUAUAAAAGUUAUUGUAAAAUUUUUAAUUUUGUUUUAAUUUUAGAUAUUUUAAAAAUACAUCACAAUAAUUUCCACUUUAUCUGAAUGGAAAAUUCAAAAUAUAUUAUUAUGAAUUGUUA